CCCGACAUACAGCCUGACGGCAGAGGGGUCUCAUUUUGCUGGAGUUCACACACACUGCUAGAUAACUUUGGAUUUACUACUGGUCGAAGGAAGGGGUUUGGCCGGACGUCAAGAGAGAAAAGGGAUUUCUAAAGCUUGUUACUGUGAAGGUGGACCGAGUAUCCUAUUGCUACUCCUCGAAAAUGGACUGAUGGCAACCUGGUUCUGGUGCAAGGAGGCCUCAGGAAAAGAGUCACAGGGAGCCAAGCCCAGCUACAGGUGUGUGUAUUUGUGUAUGUGUGUGUCAGGGAUUAUAUGUUGAUUCAAAAGCUGUGUUAUAACUAGCGUUGAAACGUUAGGACCACAAAGUGUUUAUUACUAGAUGUGGCGACAGUUUUGAGGCCUAUCAGUGGUGGUCGCCAUGUUGGUUAUGCUGGUUUAACCUACCAGAGAUAGGCUUUUGGCCUCCUCUAAAACAAGCUGCAGCCUCCAGUCUUGAGAAUUGAAGCUGAUAAACAUUGUGAUGAUCAGUUAAGAUUUCAUCAAUACAACAUCCAUGUUUCAGCAAAGUUAUCUUUCUAACUUACAGAAUAAGGUUCAAUAAUAAUAUGAAGAACAAACUUGUGGUGAAUACAAAAAGAAAGAUCCAAAAGUUUUUGUUAGUCUAUUAGUGAAACCAUUUAAGAUCUGAAAUUCCAUAGUUGCGUAAGUUCCAUAGAAGCCCAUUUGAUCAUGAUCAUUUCUUCAUGGAAAUGCAAUCAGACCGAGACACUAUGGCAGAAGAAUGAUUAAUGAUUAAUAUGAUGAGUAUUACUUCAAGGAAAUGAUAAAGAAAUGAUCAUAAAUGUUCUUCCUUGAGCUGCGUCACCCCGCUGUAGUCCGUAAUGGACUGGCCUGAGGUCUCACUACAAACAAGCGGCUGCUGGAAGACAGUAGGUGAGUUGUGUUUAGUCUCUUUGCUAAAGAAAUCAGGCAAAGUUAAAAAGAUGUUUGGUGGCUAGUGUUGUGGCUGAGACCCUAUAUGUACUGUUGAUGAAGUUAGGUGCUGUUCUGAGCAUUAUUUGUGGCUAUUAGAGUGGCGUUUUGGUUGAGGUUUGUGUGUUGCUCCUUAGACUGCUGUGUAUUGCUAUCCUGAGAAGCAAGUGGUUGGUAACAUUAAUCUCUCGAGGGAGUGUCUAACUCUGUGUUAUGGUGUGUUUGACCAUUAAUUAAUUUUACGCUGGAACAUCCCUUUAAGGCCUUGAAAUAUGACUUAUAUACUUCCCUAUAACAUUUGUUUUGUUUACAAAGGAUGUGCCCUGCAAGCAAGAAACAGAAAAAACACAGUGUAAGAACUGAUCAAGCAAAAUUUAUUUUGAAUCCACGGUCACUGCAAAAGAAGCAUAUUUAUUUCCUUCUUCUAUUUCAUUCCAGUCCAGUCAGUUUUACCGAGCAGAAUUUCCCUCCAGAGUGACCUUCUUCAUUUGAUUUAGAUCAGUAAAACACCUAGCUGUCCGUGUGCCUCUGGUUUGCUUUCCUGUAAGAUGAAAAGUGACAGAAAUUCCACAGUUACACAAUUUCCCUUCAUCAUUUGAGUGAGUGAAAUAGUUCACCAACCUACUUUCUCGUCUGGGGUCCACAUCUGUAAUACUAUUAUAAGUAAUUUGUUUCCCUCGAGCCCUGUCGGUGUACUUGAACAUGGUUGAGCAGCGCGGCCUCGAUGGCUCCAUGGGGGUCCAGAGAAGAGUGUACAGGGACAGCUCAGUGGGCCACUGUAACAGCACUCGUAUCCCUCUCUGGGGGUAGAUUAAGCUUAAUUAACUAAACCAUCCAGCACGCUUGGAUGAAUGGAUACAAGUCAAGGGCAGAGCAGUCACGGGUGUGCUCACACAUUCUCUGGCAGGCACUGAGAGAGAGUUUUGUGUCGUAUUUUGGCGCUGUGUGUGAAAAGCAGCAAAAAAAUAGGUGCUGUAGCUAUAAUAAAGCUGUGUGUACUGCUCAAAAACUACAAUAACUUGUAUUUAAUCAGAAGUGAAACACAAUGUUUACUAGUGACCUGAAAGGCGUCUUGCAAAGCAGGGGUGAACGCAGUUCCUCAAUUGACAGCAUUUUUUAGAGUUCACAAACAGCCUUAAGACUCAACAACACCCUGAGAAGGAAAUGAAAAAGUUUGUUUUGAUGCAGUCUUUGCUUUGUUUGAGUAAAUAACACUCAAAUCCGCAUUGAGCCAUGGAAAUAUGAGUUCAAAACUCCAGUGCAGCUUUAAGUUGAGGUUGAAGGAACAGUUGUGAUCUAGUAAUGCAAAUGUUAUAUAAGAUACAAUAGUUUAGAAUCCACAACACUUAAGCAGUCGCACCUUUAUUUCACACCAUCCUGGCCUUUUCCACGAUGAAAAGGAACCACGUACAGAUUUUUUUUAAUUUUAUUUUUUCAUUUUUUUGGAUAUGCAUUUUAUAAGCAGUGAUAAUGUUGUAGAUCUCAGAGAAACGACCAAACCAGAUAAAUAAGAGAGGAGAAACCCCGGAGCUCAAACAGAAUAGACAAUAUGAGGCAUCCCAUUUCUUAUCUUUAAGUCAGUGUAAUCUCUUCCCCCUGAUCAUUUUCUUCGCAAAUGAUGUUGUUGUUGUUCACUCCUGUUUUUAGCCACGAGCUACACAGCUGUUGCUGUUUUCUUAUAGUCUCUGCUACUAGCCCUCUAUGGCCCCAACAUUCACUCCCUGCUCUACUUUUCUCCCAGGCACAUCACCCUCUUUUCUCACAUUGAUAUCACCCCUUUAAUUUUUGUUAUCUGUAACGAUAAUUACUCCAACCAUAUGUGCAUUUAAUUGAUGCUUUGCAAAUGUGUAAAUGUGUGCGUGCAUUUGUGCACCGUGUGCAUAUUGCUAAUAAAGUCUUAUUGCCUGUUAAUCCAGACUGUCAGGGAAACGCAAGCAAAUCGAUUAAGUGUGUCAGCCUUAUCAUAACAAACAACUGUUUUAGUGAACAAAUAUAGAUGGUGUAAUCCUUGUAUGACAUACACAGGCAUGUAUGACAUUUCCCUAAUGCACCUCAUCCUGUUUGGAUUUGUCAUGGGGAUAAAAUGUUUUAAAAAAGGAUUAGAUGUAAUGUUUCACCGUUACCUUACACAUUAAUGCAAACAUAGACAUGAAUGCUUAAAACAAACAUAAAUCCAGAAUUGUGACAAGUCAAUUCAUACAAAAAAUGAUCGAUGACAGAUCUGUAACAACCAACCUCUCAGGCUGUAUCUUGGCCUUCAGUCUGCAGCUGCAGUGCUGCAUCUGUCCACUAGAGGGGGCUUGGGCAAUGGCAUAAUGCUCUUUAUUUCAUUAUUACCAGGACAUAUCAAUGAUUACACUUGAUAUGCUUUGAGAGACAGACUCACUCUCAUAGACUGACACAUUGAUUAUUAGUUUUUGCACAAAGAUGCUGCAGGGAUUUUACUGUCAUUGAUACAUUAUGAUGUUCCUGAUGGGCAGCCUGGUGUAUUUUUUUAACAAGUUAUAACCUCAGAAACAAUCCCUGCCUGUCUCUGCACAUCCUACACUCCCCUGUCUCUAUAUUUUGGGGUCACCCUCCCCUGCUUACCUGCUGUUAUCAGAUAGAGAAACACUGUGAUUAACUACCAUGGAGACUUAAUUAACAAAUCAAACAUCUGGAUAUUCACUCUAAGCCUACUGCAAAGGCUUAGCUGCCUCUUGUAAGACUGGCCAUUUGAUGUAUCAAAUUGAUGCUUCUUGCUAAAUUUUUUCCCAUCUGGUUAUUUUUACAUUUUCACUUUUUUUGUGAGUGUCUCUCACUCUGCAACUUUCACAGUUUAUCUUCAUUUACAAGUAUUAGAUGUAUCCUUUUAGGUUAUGUUAUGGGACUAUACAUGACUGGAAGGAUUGUGGACAAGGCCCUUGAGACUUGACUUGAGACGAAAUAACAUUACAUAACACAACACCAGAAAUAACAGGGGUUUAUGGCUCAAACUCAUGUGGUCGGAUUCAAAACCAGAGGCUCCCACCCCCCAAAAAAGAAAUAACUCGAACCACAAGAUCUCGUUUCAUUUUAGUUUUACUUUUCAGAUGUUUUAGUUCUGUAUCGACAACAAAUGCUGACAUCCAAACCACAAAAUAUGCCAAUAUAUAUAAGCAAAUAGUUAUGAUUUCAGGUAGAGAAACAAAUUAAAAUCAAACAUUAUGUAUAUUUUAUCAAAUCUUUUGGUCAUUUUUUUUUAUCACAGAACUAAAGGUAACUUACCUGUUUAAGGCUUAUAUGCCACAAAGAUGACGCAGUCCUGUUUUUGAUUUUACUAAAACUGUACAUUAAUUAAAAUGUGAAUGAGGCCCAAAUUUGUAGUUGUGUGCUUUUUUUUUGGUUGAUUCGGCACUUCUGCUGUUGCUGUGAUGGAAAAGAACGUGCUCUGAAAUGGCACACUUUAGUUUAAUAUCUCCAAAUUAAUGUGCACUUUUUAUCAAGCAGAAUUACAUCAUCACUAAAGUACUAUGAGUUUAACUUAAAAAAAAACUGUUUGGUGUAACCCUCUGAGAUAACUGUACAUUUAACCACCUUACAUAUAUGCGCUUAUAUAUGUCGACACUAUCUAGUUCAUAGCAUCCUGUUUGAUGCAGGUGAGAGUGCGCCUGUUGGUUGCUUAAAGUGUUCACGUCAAUGAGCGACGCCAACUUUAGACAAGAUUAGAGACUUAAGAUAAGAUUAAACAUGUUUGAUUGUAUCUUGAGGCCGAGACUAAAAACAGCCUUAGAACUGGCUGAUUAAUUUGACUGAUUAUUGGCAUUUUGACAAAUAAUCAGUGUUGGCUUCUAAAAACUAUAAUCGGUCAACCUCUUCUUAAAACAGUCUGGAUUGAGUCAAGACCCCCUUACACUGAACAACCUGACCUCAGCUGAACUCUCAAGACUCUCUUCAGACUUUGUAAAUUUAUCUUUAAUAAAAUAAUUGCUUAAAAAGUUAGUCAACAUAAAGUAAAGCUCAGGUCUGAGAAACCGUCUCAGGUUGAUGACCAGUCAUGUGUUUCACUGUUGCCAAGACCUUUAGUUUCAUGGAUACAGGAGAUAGAAACCCAUGAGGGGAUCAGAGUAUUAUCUCUUUGAAGCUGUUUUGAAAGAGUGUUGCUUGUGCUUAUUUCUGACACAAACCCAUGGUGUUGUUUACAGACUUAGAAAUUAACUAUAUAAAACCAGCUAUUUAGAAAACUAAUAAAUUUUAAGCUGAUAGUGUAUUUCAUUUUAAGGUUACAUAGAGACAUCAGUAUUGGAGUUCACAAUCAGCUAAAAACUCAAAGUAAAGACUCCUUAAGGAAGUUUUAAUCUUCUAAAAAUAUAAGACAAACUAAAUUAUGUGGAUAAGUACUUACAGGAUUAUUUAAACCUGAUAACUUUAAGCUUGAAUUAGUUAAACCAAAUCACAUCUCAUACAUAUUUUGUAACUAGAAAAGUGUGUUUUUUAAUUUUCUACCUUGACAUGUUUUGAUCCAGUGUUGGUGACUCCGGCCUCUUCUCAGUCCACGAUGUAGUUUCCUGUCUUGCAGUGGUUUUAAGCGGCUGGUUUUAAGUUUUCUUGGUCUGCUUUUGUUUUGUUGUACGGGUUCACAGUCCAGAUGUUUCUUUAUCCCACUCUUUGUUUCAUGUGCCAAAUAUUCCGCCUAAAAAAUGUUGGACAAGUUGUCCUGCUGGUUCAGGUAGGACAGCCAAACGUCUUCAAAUCAAUCAGCUGACACAUAAACAUCACGUGACCCUUCUAAAGGAAGACGGCAGGAAGUUUCAAGUCAUAGGAUAGUUACAAGAAAUACUUUAAUAUACAAUUGGACUAAAUAAACCUUUUUGGACCACAUAACAUCUUCAUAUAGUUAUAGAUUACACAUCAAGACGGUGUAGUGGUUGAAUUUGUGUGUUAAAGGAUGGAUAAGAUGCUGUUUGUCACAUAGCUCUCAUAAUAUCAGAUCACAUGAAGUGCGUAUUACCGUCCAAAGUGCUUUGUAGGGUGAAUGAAAAAAUUUCUGGAUGUUUCCAGAGAGAACUGGACCACAAGCCCUGGCGCUGACUCUUCAAUGCUCUACCCACCGAGCUAAUAUCCUACAGACCACGCUUUUUGGCUUACCCUUCCUUAUCCUCGGGCUGCACCAGCUGCUGUCGUCUACCUCCGACCACACUCCACGCCCCUCGUAUGUUGUCCUCUACCUGCUCCGUCCCUCCUCCUCCUCAUUUGUAGGUGUUCUAUCCCCCUCUUUGGCCGCAACUUUCCGAAAGGUGAACAGAAGUGAUUUUCAAUAGCACCGUGCAUGACUAAUGGUGGAAACAUGUUAAAAUCAUCGCAGAAAUGUCCUUGGGAAGACAAAUGAAUUUUCAGCAGAAUAAUUAACUUAAUUAACAAAUUUGCAUGCAUAUUCAUCAGGGCCAUUGAAGUCUUUCCAGCUCAGCUUGAUGAACGUUGCUGUGUAAUAACCAGCUCAUUUACAUUCUGCCAUCCACUGCCAUUUGUGUGGAUUACUGAGAAAAGGCACAGUGUGUGUGUGUGUGUGGGUGUGUGUGUGUGGGAGUGCAUGCGUGUGUGUGUGUGUGUGUAAAGGCUACAAUGCAUGUGCACACUUUUCUUCUUUUCCUAAGCAUGUCAUAGAGAAAGCCUGAUGAAUUGAUUUGACAUAAUGUUUUGUUGGAUAUACACCCUGAUAUUGGACCCAGCUGCUCCUGCUUUAACACACACUGCUUAAGAGGUUCAUUCAUAUAUGCACAUAUUCAUACACACAUACCUUUCGUGUAUGUGACUGAUGAGGGCCUGACUUUGUGUGUGUGUGUGUGUGCGUGUGCCCCUCACCCAUAUCUCCUUGCAUCCUCCUCCCCCUUCACCCUCCUUCUCUCUGGUGGGCAGUUCUUGGCACCGAUCCUGAGUCGUAAACCCUCCUGGGUUGCCAGACUGCGCGUUGUUAAAAACGUGAGGCCCCUCCGAACCCCCCCCCCAUCUCUGCAGGGCAAUCUUUAAAGGCAGCAAGGUGUGACGGCACAGACUGGCAGCUUGGCAGCCAUGCCCGAGGAUACCAACGCUCCGUCAGCCGUGAACGGGCACCAUCACAUGGGCUCGCCUAACUAAUACUCUCGCCGUACAUGUGCCUCCAUCGUGCCUCAUCUGUGCCAGUCAGAGACAAAGGAAUUCAUUAAGAAAUUUCACAUGGCGUCGUUUUGUGAUUUUGCUGGGAUAUAGUUAAUUGGGAAUUUCACACAGGCUAAGGUAACUGAGGGAAGAGAUUACCCAAACGAGAUCGGAAAAAAGUUAAUUACACUCACUUGGCUGCGUCUGCCCUCGAUCUGGAAACAACGGGAAAACUUAUCUUCUUCUCCAACAGUAUGUUUCUCAUUCUCAUCAUGAAUAUUUUUCCCCGCGAUUUAGGUGCCACUGAACACUGUUAGAAAAAGACACUUCCCAGCAGUUUCUAUCUCAGCCUGUCAGAAAACUGCUGCUCCAGUAACGUUACCACUGAGACAUAAAAAUGAAUGCAACGCCAAUGCUUUUGCACCUUUAAUGUAGCCAAUAUGGUACUCUGUCCUGAGAUUUUCCAGGAGCAAUUAUCACAUUUAUACAAGGGAGAAAAAAAACAUAAAAAAACAGCAUCACCUGACAUAAAAAAAAAAAAAAAAGACUUGUGAUAUUUAGCGUACUUUCUUCCCUUUUGCCUCUGUGAUACUUUCUCCUACGCUUUUUCUCUGCAGACAUAUGUUUGACACUUGAAGCUGUGAUCAUAACUGGAAGUGUGAAGGAGAAUUGUUGCAGUAAUAUGCUGCUCUUGAGUGUUGUGACAGGAAAAAUGCUUUUUUCCGAUACAGAAUUGGCGUUUUCAAGCCUGGUCUGACAAAACAGUGUUUGUCUCCCAUCCUGAUAACAGCCAAGCCAAGUUUGCAAAACAUUUUUCCCCAGAGAUGCUCUGAUAGCUUCUUCUAGAGAGGAAGUUGUACGAUAGAAAGAGUCUCUGUCUAUUGAAAGACUUAUUGCGGUUUUAAUGACAUGUUUUGCUCAUAAAAAAAACUCAUUUAUCGUGUUGUCUGACCCGCUUUGUUUUGAAGCUUCCACUGAAGCAAGACGAAUACAAAACACAAAUGGACCAUUAAACUGACCUUCAAACUGGGCCCUAUGAAAAUCAAAUGGCUGUCACCGCGCCGCUGUGCAAAUUUACACUAUUACAGCUUGUUUCCCUCCAGUGGGAAAUAUGAAAAACUCACUUCACAUGCUUAUUUCCAUGAUCUCCCCCCCACACCUCUAUUUGAAGUUACACCAACUCCUAUAGCUCCAGUGUAUAAAUCAAUGGGCGCUUCGAUCAUAGGACAUGAAAAGAGGGUUUGCAAACAGCCGACUCCCCUCUGGAGAUCUACUUUGUUGCCCUGCUGAUGUUGUUGUUGCUUUUCAACAAUGGCUGCAAAGCAUUAUUGUUCAAACUUGUCGUCUGAUCUCCGGGUAAGUCUCGCACACCCCCACACACACACACACGCGGGGGCACACGGUUCUUUUUUAGUGACACGCGUGAAGAUAAAACAACACCUGGAUUCGUCAUGAAGGAAGGAGUCAUCUGUCACAGAAAAGUAUUUUUUUAAUUAUUAUUAUUUUAGGAAUUUGCAGCAGAACUUGGCCAAGUCUAUCAAAAAUGAGAAUCUUGUAACUUCUUUGUAUCCCUUCUUUUGAGGUAGAGGGGGGAUGUAUUUGACGACGGUACUGUUUGAUGGUGCAAUUGAUGAGAAAGUUCUGAAGAAAGUCCCAAAGCCUCAGAGGAAUUUGAUUACCUCCAUCCAUUAUCUGCACAGUGAGCAAUCGCGAGGCUCACCAUCUGUCAUCCGUUUCAUUUGCAUCGUCAACACCUGCCCUGCCUGUUUAUGCCUUCACAUUUUUUAUAAGCUGUCUUUCAUGGCGGGGAAAAAUGUUGACUUUUCCUUCUAAAUACAUUAAUUCCACAAGUUCAAAGAACAUAUUGAAGACAAACAACUUGGUUUAUGUCUAAUAGAAUUUAGAAACUCUCCUUUUUAUCGCUGUAGGUUUCGAAAAAACGACAACGUUCAAGCUGCUUUUACAGCUCAGCGAACGAUAAAGUGUUUAAUUUCAUGGAUAAAAUGAUGCGAGAUGUAGAUGGAUAGAUAGAUAGAUGGAUAGAUAGAUUUCUAUACCACACAUACACACACACCGCAUCCUGUUUAUUACCAACGCACCGAGCUGCACACGCUCCCUCUCCCCUCCCUCCCUCCCUCCCCAAUCCUCCCCCAUCCAUCCAUCCCGUCUCCCAUAUCCCCAGGUGGUGCCGACGGCUGCGGGGCCCAUUAGCGACAGAAUUCCUGCCUCCAGCAGGCCAUGCGUGUCCCGAGUGACACAUUUUUGGACCGACACCAAGAAUCCAACCCUCCACAGACAGCUCACUUUCCUCUGCAGUCACCACAGUAUGCGUAUGUGUGUGUGUGUGUGUGUGUGUACGCGUGUGUGUGCGAGGGAGAGAGUGAGGCCUUGCGAACACAGCAUGAGUCCCACAGGAAAUGCUUGAAAGGCAGUAUGGGACAGAUUGGUGAUGGCGCAGGAUGGUCUAGAAUACUAAAACGAAACGCAGAGAUCUUCCUCAUACGAAGAUCAUACAUCCAUAAGAUGACUCUCCUGCCAGGUUGGGACAUUUGUCACAUUUGUCACAUUUGUGCAUCUGCAUAUCAUCUCUUAACUGCAUCCCCUCCUCUGUGGAAGGGGAAAAAAAAAAACCAACAAAAAAAACAGUUUGAUUUCGCUGAUGUACAUCGUUGUUGGGCAAAGAUUUGUGCCAGCUGAUGCAUGAUGAACACCAAAUGUUUCAACUACUUCAGAUGGUUUCUUACUUCUCAGAUCCCACUCCCGUGUUCAGCAGAAAGGAGGCCCUGCCGUAUCUGAAAUGAUUUACACAGCGAUGGGUCAAGGUUCUUAUUAAUCACGAGGAGGAGUGAUUAUGAAACAAUACGUUAUGGGUAAAAAAGAGCAGUAAGUCAUUUUAGUAUAGAUAUUAUGAAUGGAUUCUUUUCUCCAUCUUAAUAGAUAGUUAAUUAUGUACCUAAUGACUCCUCACAAAGCGCUAUAUAAUUAGUCUAGAUGAGCCGAGAAAGUUCCUACUUGUUCUUACAUGUUUAAUGUUGGUGAUUUCUCAUUUCCAAAUGGGAAUGUCGGAGAUGGUGGUAUAACAUUAAUGUCAGUGGAACCACGGAGAGAAACUGAUAUCUUUCGAUCUAUCUAUAGAUCUAUCUAUCUAUCUAGAGGUCUGUAUUAUAACAAUUAUAAUUUCUUAGAGCCCCAUCAAAUAUUUAUCUUUUCUUCUUACUGCAUUUAAUCACAAUAUGUAAGUAUGAAAUUAAUGAGAUCCUCCUCAUCCUCGUCCAGAAACUUGGCUCGCACACUUGAUGAAAAGAGUCUCUACAGGGUGAUUUUUCUUACUCUAAAUUGGGGUCAGUUAAACCUCAGAGAGGUUCAACUUAAAAGACCUCAUAUAAAUGAACUUUUUUUUAGCUAUGAUUAUUUAUCAAAGCGAGCCAUGAAGCACAAGUCUGACUGAACAAUGUUGAUUAUUUUUCCAGGAUCUUUAUUUUAAAGAUACUAUGAGGAAUUUUAGUUUUGGUCAGCUUUGGCGCCCCCUGUUGAUAAGGCAGUGGUGGAAAAUGUAAAACCAGGGCCAAAACUCGUCAAUCUUGUUGCUAAUGGUCUUAAAUGGUCAUAAAAAGAUAUCAAAAUAAAUCUCAUUGUUUUUCAUAAACGUUUAAAAACUUCUUACAGGAGCUUAAAGUUUUGUGUAGAGGCUGUCAUUCCUCUAUUGACCAACAGGACAGAUAAUACAGUACAAAAAAUGCAAAGAGAGAGGCUGGAGACUGAUAAAAGAGCCACAACUUUGCUUGAUUACAUAAAAUAUCCACAUUAAAUGGUAAAUUUUAUUGUCAACAGUCAGCGAGAUGGUAUUUCAUGUCAAAAAAUACAACCUAAGUAUUCAGAGCGAUGAUUAUUUAUCAAAGCGAGCCAUGAAGCACAAGUCUGACUGAACAAUGUUGAUUAUUUUUCCAGGAUCUUUAUUUUAAAGAUACUGUGAGGAAUUUUAGUUUGGGUUUAGCUUUGGCGCCCCCUGUUGAUAAUGCAGUGGUGGAAAAUGUAAAACCAGGGCUGCUUAGAUGACACCUAGGUGUUAGAAAUUAAAGCAUAAAACUCGCCAAUCUUGUCGCCAAUGGUCUCAUAUUUAUUUGUAUGUCAUAAAAAGAUAUCAAAAUAAAUCUCAGUCUCUUUCAUAAACAUCUAAAAUCUCCUUACAGUUUUGUUUACAAGCUGUCAUUCCUCUAUUGACCAACAGGACAGACGAUACAGUACAAAACUGGAAAAAGUGAAGGCUAGAGACUGAUAAAAAAAAGUCGCAAUUUGGCUCGACCACAUAAAAUAUUCACAAUAAUAAAUUAUGUUUUUGACUCUCAACAGUCAGCGGGAUGGUAUUACAUGUCAAAAAAUACAACCUAAGCUUUUAGAGGGAAAAUAAGCAAAGGCUGUUUUGUCCACAGAGGGCGCCAAAAUUGACACAGAGUUUCUCACAGGAGCAUCAAGAUUGUCGUGAACAGUUUCAAUUCAAUAUAACACUCAGGUUGGUCCUUAAAAAACUUAACUCCACCAUAGUUCAAAAGUUUUAUAAAAUGUGCAAUGAUAAAAGUAACAUUAUCCAAAACCAAAAUGUUGUUGUAUUCAGUAUUUUAUCACAAAUUGUGGACACAAAUGAGCACCACUAUUAUACUCACCAAGGAAGUAACCUCUCAUUGUGUGUAGUUUGAACACUGUGCUGUGUAGGCUCAGUACUUUUAUUUUAAGUAUAAACAUUUUAAAUAUCUAAAGCCAUCAUAAACUUGACUGAGAUGACAAUUUAAUUAAUGAUUUCUUCAUCAUGUGUCUUCAGGAGGGUUGGCAACUCAGUAGAGCAUUAUUGCUGACAUUUGGCUGUGAUUAUAGACUUUGACUGUAUUUGCUGAAAAAACUCUAAAACUCCUGCAAGUUAAGAAAUAAGCAGAAGGAUGUGUACAAAAAAAAUGUUCUAUCCUUGUUAAUAUGGUGUGCAGUUAUUCUGGGAUCAUUUUGAUUACUCACUGACGUCCGAUAAUCUCCUGUUACAGUAACAGUUUUCGCAUGUUUCAGGAGUUCCAGUUUUGGGGGCUUCCUCUGUCCCAAACAGGUUCUUCUUGUGUGCAUGAAACUACUGUUCCCCAUGACAGUGAGGCCUGCUUGGUCGAAACACCUCAAUCUCUCAGAUCUGAGUUUUUCACUGUGUUGACUGACCUCCUGUCAAUUACCAGACAAUAGAGAAGCGUUAUUAACUUAAUUUAUAUAUCCUGGGUCUAAACCAGGAUAUGAUCUGAAUUUGAAAAGUUAUGAGAGUUUUGAGUCUUUUUCUCAUCUUGGCUUUUCAGCGUGUUCAGUGUUCUCAUCUUUGAUUUAGUUUCAUGUGAAGGUCGGUGUUGGUUCACACUUUUCAAAACGAUAGCUGGCGGUUGUGAUGCAGUUUCUCCCUGACAUCAGUCUGUGUAGCUCCGUUUUUAAAAGUUAUUAGGGGGUUCAUGUUUUCUAUGAUUGACACUUCAUACAGCCUAUGGGCGUGCAAAGAUUGCGUAGCUCACCUGGGGGAUACGCCGUUUGAGCCAAGCAUCAUCACAGCGACUCUCCCGCCAAAUGAGUACAAUGCUACUGGUUCCAGGAAGUCGAGAAAAUCACGGGAAUACCGUGAGCAAUUCGGCAUCAAAUUUGUAUAAUGAAGGAAGGCGGAACCAAGUUGUCCAUAUUGGUAGCCCAGACUCACAUGACCAGCAAAUAACCCUUGAUUUAUCAGUUGAGUCGUCUGGGAGUUUUGUAAAAUGAAAUGAGACGCUCAAAAGUAGGGGUGGGAGAAGAAAAAAUUGAGUCACCUAAGUAUCGUGAUUUUUUGUUUUACAAUUUUUAAAUCGCUUUUUUAGUUCAAAAUUAGUUUUUGUUUUUUAAAUUUAAGAAUAAAUCUUAAAAACUGACUUACACGUGAUGUGUAUUUUUUGGCGAAAUAUGGUUCCUGGAAUAGUCAGUAGACAAUCAUAAUCAUUCAACUGUCUCACUGGUGUUAAAAUCAGUCUUGUUUUCAUUGGCGAUGACGUUGACUGCAGAAUAUAUGUUUAGCGUUUGACUGAUGAAAUGCUCAUGAAUUUUGCAACUCCGUUCGUUGUCCACCACUAAUGUUUUCGUCUCGUCUCGUAAACGCAAAUGCACAUUCGUCUCAUCACAUUUUUGUCAUCUAAGACUUAUGUUUAGCUCGUCAACGUCACGUCUUUGUCGUGGAAAAAAAGGGGCAUUGAGGAAAUAUUUUUGACAACGAAAAAAAUAAUUUUCUCAAAAAAAUUGAGAAAAUCGACAAUAUCGUAGAAUCGCAAUUUAAAUUGAAUAGGCAUCCAAAAAAUCAGCGUAGAAUCGAAUCGGGGGAAAAGCAUAUCGUCCCAGCCCUACUCAAAAGUGUAGCGUUGGUGUUAUUUUAAGUAAGGUUGUAGAGCCAUGGUUUAAAGGGAUAGUUCAGUGUUUUUAGAUGGGGUUGUAAGAGUUACCUUACAAGUUUUCUUCUUCGCAAUCGAUGUCAGUAAGCCCAGCCAAUGUAAUAAGAAACUUCCAGAAAAAAUCUGAUGCAAAGUACUCUAAAGUUUCCCAUAACUCUGCCUCAUAUUUUUGCUCAUUUUCAUCUCGUCUUGAUUCAAACACAUGCUCUACUUUUUACCACUUUUUUUCGCUCUAUUCGUGGAUGUGUUCGUCCACAUGCAGAGCAGCUCAUCAGGUCUAUGAUGUGGUACAACCGUUUCUAUCUCUUUUCAGUAUCACACCCUCAUGCAAACCGCAUGCUCAUGAUCACAGUCGAGGGAAUCGAAAAACCGCUUCACCCAGUACCACACGUGUCUCUCAGUGUGCCCUGAAAUAGGGUGUUGCUGGGGUGUCGGAGGAUCACACCCCUGUACGCUUCCCACCUGCUUCUAAAACCCACUCGAUACCCCCUCAUAUUGUAGCCACACAUAUUUUUCUCUCGCACGCAUACAAAUCCACAGUCAGACAAAGAGCACAAAGCACCGAGGUGAUGUAGUGACAGAUGCUCCUGUCACAUACUUAGCAUAUCUCCACCUCUGAAAUAUACAACUGCAGAAGUUCGGCUGCUUCUCUCUUUCUCUCUGUUAGCGUUGCUCUUCAAAACUCCUCCAUCCGCAGCUCUUAAAGCACCGUCCCUCGACCAAUAUUUAUCCAAUCUGACCAAAUAUUAUAAUUAAUGCUUGUGUCUCUCUUCUCCUCCUCCUCGUCCUCCUCCAGGCCAAUAUAUUCCCCUCAUCUUGCCUCCCUCCCACCUCGCGUAACCUUUUGGUGCCAAGUUCACAGAUAGAGAGAAAGUACUUCCUGUGAGAGGCCGGGCCGGCUGCCAGAGAGACUGAUCCACCAAUCUGACACGUUAAUGAGAUCCUGGCCCGUAGUAGUGGAGUGUCAGGCCUCCUCUGCUGCAGCAUCAGCCCUGCCGUGACCUGCAACGCACACACAUUUACACACACACACAUGCACGCACGUCCCUGCUCUUAUGUGUAAUUUUUUCACAUGCGCACCCACUCUCACAGAAAUAUAAGCACAAAUGAAUCUCUACCCACACGCACGCUUUGAAAGAAGAGGGGGGGGUUCAGCUCCUUAAAUCUGUCUAAUUAAAACACCAAAUCCCUCUACUCCCCUCACCCACCAACCCAAUCCUCUCACACACGCUCUCGCACCCCCACCCCUCCUCCGUCCCCACUGCCACCACCCCCGAUUCCGCAGGAGAAAUGAUUAUUAGGAAUUUAAUGGGGGAACGUUUCCCAUCCCACACCAUCUGGGGCUUGGGAAUGGCACGAAAUUUGAGGAUGCUUGCCGACGUGGCGGGGAACAUUAUUUUCAUUUUUCUUGACUGGUGCUCAGAGUUUUAGACAUUGCAGGAAAAAAUGCGGCUGAUUUCAAUAAAUUAGCAUAAUAUAUUACAAAAUAAAGAUACACAUAAAGAUGAAUUUGUGUUAAAGGUGACUGCAGAGAAACUUUUUUCACAACUUCUGAGCUGAUUGUUGUCACCGUGCAAACUCUCCUCCCUAUAGAAACAGAAUGUUUGUUUUGCAUUAAUUAUGACACCACAUCUCCGGUUGCAAAUUCACCCCUAUACGAUAUAUAUCCCCCAUUCCUGUCCUUCACCUCCCACACAGAGCUGGGCCAUAUGCUCCCUCUUUUUCUCUCUCUCUCUCCCCCCUCUCCUCUUCCCUCUCAUCGCUCUGUAUCUGCACAGUUUAAUGAGCUGCAUGAAUGUAGGGGUACGUGUACACGUUUGACCCCGUGCUAAACUGCGUAGACCCUGUGGGCGUGAAACUCCCCCCCUCCCCUCCAGCCUCCCCUACUCAACUCCUCCUCACCCUCCUGAGCCUCCCUGUGAGGCUCCAAGAGAGAUUUAAAUCAGCUCUUCAUCCACACACACACACACAGACGCAUAUAUUCUCACACACUCACACACACAGCAUGGUAGAAAAAGCAUUAAGACUGACAAGGUGGGAAUUUUAGUGAAUGAGAUAAAUAAGGCCUGCUGCUGAAGGAUGGGGGGCUAAAGAGGUGAUUUUAGGGCCCCAAAGGGACCUUCAGUAACCAGCUUCUCUAGUUUUAUGAUGAUGCAGAGGGAGAGGAGAUAGAGUGAGGGAAUGAAGAUGGGAAAACAAGUCCUCCGCUCAUUAAAAAAAUACAAACAGUUGCCUUUUUCCUCUAAGAAGAGCACAUUCAGAUUUAUAAAUUUACCACAUCUCCGAAAAUUCUUUUUAUCUUAAUCAACAAAACUUCAGGAAUACAAGUAACUCUUAACAUCGUACUUUGUGUUUUCUGUUUUUUUCUCGUAAAAGUUAAAAGUUUGAGUGUUUGAAAAUUAUUUAUUUUACUCCUUGUCCAUGAAGGCACGCCGCAAGAGAUUUCAGGCCCCAUAAAGAAAAUAGAUAAAUAAACAACAUCAGGCCGUAACUCUUCACGACUACAAAUAUUCUCAUAUUUUUGGGCCCCUGUCAGCCACGGGCCCCUAGAAUUAUCUACCUCAUGUUAGGAACUACAACACAAGUAAUUUAAUGAAGUAUAAUUCUGGUUGAAUUUUGUUUCUGUACCAAAAUAAAAGAGCAAGAAUGUUAUGAACUCAUAUAUGUGACGGUGUUUGUUAUGAGUUUAAUUUCUGCAAAACUGAAUAGACAAAAAAUAUUUAGUUCUUUUCAAAUACACAUCCUUGUUUUGUAACUAUAUAAAGAUGUCACCAUAGGUAAAAUACUGUUCUUGGUGUGUUUUUUUACUGUUAUGAAGGUGUACUCUUGUUUUUCUGACCUGCAGGCCCGCUCUUAAAACCUCAUAGUGCUUCAUCCUUCACUGAAAUGCACAGAUUUCAGAGUAAAAUCAGGAUUGAUGACAGAUAGAGGAAGUUUAGUGAGGUUAUUUAACCUUUAAGUUUUAUUCCUAUAGGCAAAGACUGCACCAGCUUAUGUUUUACUUCUCUUAAAGUUGCAUUUUAAUAAAAAAUGAAUAUAGAUUUUUUUAGGACUCGUAAUCUGUGACUUAGGAGAAAUUUCUAAAACAUUAACCAUUUUUCAAAAAUAAAAUUCAAUACAGUCAUGAGCCAAAAUCUGACACUUGAUACUCUUGUUAUAGCCUAAGCUGUUUUCCCUCGGUGAACUCGCGCAGAUGAACUUUCCCAAUAACCAAAGCCUGUAUCGUAAAUAACGACUUCAACUUUUUUACAAGAUUUUCUUCAUCAGUGUUAUUAACAAUGAUACAAAAACAAACAAAAACAUUAUUAUUUUAAUUUUGGGCAAUAUCGGCUUGAACUCUUUACUGCUGCGAGAUAGGAAAUAAUACGAAACAGCUUCUACCAAUACAGUACUCGGAAUAACCUGCAGAGAUAUGGAAAGAAAGUAUGUCACGUUUAUUUAGGCUAUGUAAAUUUUACAAAGUCAAUUAGGAAUUUAAGAAUAAAAGGGAAAAGGACAUGUUUUAGUUCCUAUGGAGAAAGAUAUCGCUGUUAGGUGGAGACGCUUCAUCUCCAGAAAUUCGUCUCUCCUCACUGGGAGCUCUGGGAUCAGAUGUCUGAGCUCUCUGGCUGACAUCCAACACCUCAUGACACUAAUCAGCAAUGUGAUGACCGAAAUUCAAUCAGAUUACACAGACAGGAGGCCUCUUUGACUGGAGGAGUUCAGACACUGUGCGUAAAGUGUGCGUAAAAAUUUCACAGAUUUGUUAUUUAAUCAUCUUUGAAUAUAAAAAUCCAACUUUUUUGGUUGAGGUAGAAGAUUCCUGAGAGAAAAAUGCGCCUUCAUUGAUGAAAAGAAGGUGUUUUUUUAAAGGUCAUUGAAAUGUCUUCUGGUCGUGUAGGAUUAACGGAUUGAACCUCUCCAAAGUAAACAAACAGAAAUCGGCCCGAGGGUGUUUUCUUUUUUUUUUCCUCCUGAUUUAUUUAUUCCGUUUUUUUCAUAACUGUCGCGUGCCUGCUGUCGAUCAUUUGCACAGAAAGCUGGGAAGCUGCUCUCCAAACAUAAAGCCUCUCACAGCCUCUUCGUUUUAUUGCGACAAACACAUCACAAAACAUUAACACAUUACUUCACGAGGAUUUUCGAUCCAUAACGAGUUCUCAGGGGUGUGUGUGUAUGUGUGUGUGUGUGCAAGAGAGUGUGUGCACAAGAGAGCUAGAGUGUGUGUGUGUAAGUGUGUGUAAAAGAAAUUAUAAAUAUCAUUCGAUCAUUAGGGUUUAAAGAUACAAAAAGCAACAUCAUUUAUGAGAUACAGUCACCAACAUUGUGCAGAAAGACGUGAAGUGCGCCACAGCAGGGGACCAAAAAGUGUCCAAAAGUUCACAUCACUGUCCAAAAACUGUCACUUCUUUGCAUAUUGAUGGUCAGCAUCUCUCUCUCUCUCUCUCUCUUUUUAAGGCAUGUGAAUCAUUUUUGUUCACCUCACACAAACUGAUUCUCCUUCCCGUCCUUCUUCUUUUUUCAGCUGCAGCGAAAUCGUCACAAGGAACUUCAGUCGUUGCCAAAAAAAUCACAAAAAACAUAACAACUGCGAAAUUUUACCAGAUUUUUAUCAUAUAUUUUCCACAUUCAAAUUGACGUACUUUUUAAUAAAUAAGCUUAAAUAAAUCAAUAAAUACAAUAAUAAUUUACAUUCACCUCGUUAUCACCACUAUUUACUCCAAAAACUGUUUUUUUUAAAAACCCCACAACUUCUGAUGACAUCAUCGUCAGGUCUCCACACCACGUGCACGUCUCCAAACACUUUUUUUUGUUCAAUAAUUAAAUGAGUGUAACUGUCAUCAUUUAAUUAGAAUAUAAGAAACGCCCUGUGAGAUUAAAUAUACAUCUAUCAUUUAUUUGAUAAGCUAAGAUUGCAUUUGGCUGCCUUGCAUAGCUCAGUUCACCUUUUAUUGCUCACACACUGAAUCUAUGAACUCCAAUCAUUCAGAAAAACUUCCCUGAUCACGAAGAAACACUCGAGAGAUGUUUCACUUGGAGCUGAUUUGAAUAUUGUCUCACUAAUUUCCCCAUCGAAACACCUGGAGAUUGAUUUGUUUCUUUUAUAUUCCCUUUAACUUGACUGAUAUCUCAUCCACAAACAUCAAGUGCACUCCCUUAUGCUCCAAACCUGCCUUUUUAACUAAUUAUUUUACAUUUCUGCGAAUUUCUUGCAACAAAAUUUGGCAGCGAGUUAUUAAAUCUUAAUUUUCGUCAACGAAUCAGACGGAAGUUUUCUGUUUUUGAUGGAAAAAAAAGAUAUUUUGCCUCAUUUUAACACAAACAUUGGAAACAAAUGAAACUACUAAAUCAAUCUGCACACUUUCACAUUUUUUUAGAAAAACAACUGAGAACAUUUCACACAAAAUGACUUCUUAAAAUGGGCGUUUUGUUUUUUUUUUGCACUGCAUCAGCGUGUCUGGAGUCCAUUUCGUUCCACUCUCGACAUCUGCGGGGGGAAAAUUGCAUCGCUUCCAAAACUUGAACUUAGUCCAGCUGAUUGAUUAAUUGUGGAAAGAGCCAUUAACUUCCCCUUGUGCUUGGAAGGACUGGCUGCGGACGUGCAGGUCGUAGGGGAAACGGGCCUCCUGGGAGACUCGGUACAUGGAGUUGUGCGCAAGAGCUGUGCGUCCUGGCGCACUGCAGUAGCGCAUGCCAUAGUGGCUGCUUUUGCCGUAGUCUGGCGGAUCGUCGUGUUUGAGGGAGAAAAUCCCGUUAAAGUUCAUGGGAGGGCUCAGCUGGCCGUCGAAAUGCGGACUCGUGCUCUCCGGGGACGGGUUUUCGUAGUAGGACUCGUAAGCGCUGCUGUAGCUGUAGUGUCUGAAGGGCUUGGCGCCGGUGUCCAAGCUGCUCGCGCUGUGUCCAGGGGGCGUGUUCACGUCUGAGCCCGGGUAUGAGUACAUGGCAUCGUAGGGCGACCUGCCAGAGAACAUGACCUCCCCGUUGUGGUCUGUGAGGAAAUUUCUGGCAUUGAGCUGCAAGCACCCGGCCACCAGGUUGGUCGUGGGCUGAGAUAAUCCUUUGCACAAAGUCUGCACGAAGGUGAGGAGGUCCGGUCUUUUCCCCGCGCUCAGGGUCUCCGACAGGGCCCAGAUGUAAUUCUUAGCCAGUCUGAGGGUCUCAAUCUUGGACAGUUUUUGAGUUUUGGAGUAGCAUGGCACAACUUUGCGCAGGCUCUCCAGCGCUGCAUUCAGGCCGUGCAUCCGGCUGCGUUCCCGGGCGUUGGCCUCCUGGCGCCGGAGUUUGGACCGGUCCAUCUGCUCCUUCCCCUGCUUCUUUUUCCUCGGGCCCCUCUUUUUAGGGAGCCCGUCAUCAUCCUGGUCCUCCUCCCUCUCGUCCUCCUCUCGGUCGGAGAGCUCGUCCUCGGCCUCCCUCAUGUCUGAGUUGGACCUCUCCGGGUUGUGUUGUCGCUCCUGCUCCAGACUCUCAGGUAAGCUUUCACGGGGAAAAUUGGCACCGAACCGCGGCUCACACAUCAUAUGAGAAUCCUCGAAUGGCAGUGUCAACAUUUUCCUGCAAAGCAAAAGCAGAAGUGUGAGGACAAAGCACAGCACUGUCGCCUCCUUAAGGGUGUCACUUAAUUACCUUGUGGAUGAAUCCUCCAAAGAGGAAGGGGAACAAAAUGGAAAGCAAGGCCAGUGUCAAAACUUGUCAUAAAUUCACGCGUUUCCAACCAAAAUGUAUCAAUUCAUGCAACAAAUCAAAACCCUGAAAGUCUAGAAAUGCAUCAAAAUCCCCCUCCUACCUCUGGUCAGCGUGCACCUUGCAUAUCUCCGCGGAAUCUGCGCUGCAGCUUCUUCUCCUGCAAACCACAAAUUAAAGAAAAAAGCUGAAACCUGCGCUCUCUUUUUUCUCUGCUGUGCUGCGCUCUCCCUCUUCUCUCCCCCUCACUCUCUCUCUCUCUCUUUCUCUCUUCCCCUUCCCUCUCUCUUUGAGGAAUGACACUCAUGCCAACAGCGGGUACCCAUGCCAUCUGCCGCUGACGUCUUGUGGCAGUCGAGACCACGUGUUCAGCGUCCCAUGGGACCUCCAUUCCGUACCGAUCAUCUGGCAGCUCCGGUAAUGGGCACCGGGAGGCCCGCGUUUACCGUCAGAUACACAGACCGGAGAGGGAUAACAACUAAUAUCUGCCUGUUUCCCUGUGUAAGAAAGAUAAAUUCAUGUCUGUUUUUUGUCUGGGAAAAAAAAAUAGAUGGAUGAGGAUGAGGGAGUGUGCAGGCAUCCUCAACAGGUGAGACAGACAGACACACAGACGAGUUUUACAUUCAAAUGAAUGGAUUUAGAGUUGUUUUUAUGAGUGUUUGCACAGAAAAAUCAAAAAAAUAUAAAGAUUAAGUAAGACACACACACACACACUUUAAAGCACACACCACCAAACCUGAACAUUUGCUUAUAUAGAAGUCACAGAUAUCUCCAAACGAGGGCCUUUUUUCACAACCAACACUGUUUUAAUCAACUUGACUCUUAAUGACUUUACAAGAUAUGCUGAGAAUUGAAAAACACCGACUUAAAACUGGUGAAAUAAGAACUGAGCUGUAUUAUGGUCUCUAUCGGUGAUGGCUGUUACUGCAGCGGUGGGGCCCAAUGUGGUCGAUUAUGAGGCUCCUCAUCCCUGGCAGCACCUCUGAGCAUCACUGUAGACAGCCACUGAUCUUAAACACCACUCGUUUUAUAUUUUGGAGAAGAAUAUCUAUUACACGGGAUAAUUUCAUGUAAGUCAUAAUGAUAAAUUUUAAUAGUUUAUUGAACAACAAACUUUAUAUUGAACACUGUUGUUACUGCUUCUCAUUUGUCCCACACUGGUAGAUCUCAAAUCCAUCUAAAUAGAUGUGGGUCAAAUUUGACCUGUAAUAUAAAUAUACAUUAACACACAUGAAUAUUUUAAAAUUGAUUUCAUGUAUUUUGGGCCACUUCAGGAAAAGUCAUCAAGUUUCAGGCUUAAAGAAUGAUGUUUAGGGUAUUUUUACUGCUGUUAAAAGUCAAAACAGGUCAAAUUUGACCCAAACAAAACUUAAAAAAUAUACUCUGCGUGCUCUUUGAAACAUUUAGGAAGGACAAAUCAAUAAUUUUUUGAAGUAGCAUAGGUCAUUUAAACAUUAUGGAUAGGUUUGGGGUUAGAACUUUGGUGAAAAAACUUGGGUCAAUUUGUGAGGGUACAGGAUUUGAACAGUAUGUGAGGGUUAAUCCAACAAACACCUCCAUUCAAUUAUGACAAAUGCAGUUUAUCCAGCUUUUAACAUGUAUCUACUUUUAUAUAUAACACAACUAGGACUAAACCUUGUGCAGCAGUUUAAUUGUUUUUGCAAUAACACAUUGCAAAGGUCGAAAUGUUUCCCAUUUAAACAAGAAGAUUUGGAUAAUGCUUUCUUGAAAUGCCACCAUGUUAACUGUUGGAUGGAGGCCUGGAUAUUGUGGUCAGGCUUUCUUGCUGUUUUGAUGCAGUCAGAUGAAGCUCAGGCUAGCUGUCAGCUACCCUCGGAUUGAAUGAUGCCAACUUAGUGUUGGAAAAGAAAAGUGUCUCUGGAUUCGUUUUGUAUUGAGGAAUGACACGUUGCAAACAUGCAGACCGACAUAGACACUGAUUUUUUUUUUGUUGUUGCAAAUAAGCAGCUCAUAUUUUACACUUUUUUAUAUUGACUGCAUUUUAUUACUUUUCAUAAUCUGAUAUACUUUUACAAUUCAAUAUGUAGUUUAAAAAUUCAACACUUUUCCAAAUGAAAUGGGAGCAUCAGCUUUGGCACAGGUCUCCUUAGCAAAUAUGUAUAAACAUGUGACCAAAGAUUUAUUAAUGUAUUUAUGUUGUUGCUUAAAUUCGCCAUGAGUUGUGUGUUAAAGCUCCUAUAGGGAGUUUUUUGACGUCUGAGAAACUGACUGAAAUUCAUGUUGACGCCUUUUUAUGAUCUUCAAAAUUAAACAAAACCAUCAGCAACAAGAUUGAAGAUGUUCAAAUCCUAAUUUUUAAUGCUUAAAACGGAUGUGAGGGGGUAGGUGUCAGCCGAACAACCUGUAAAACAGCUGUUUUAUCAUUUCUGUGUGUAAUAGUGUAGCAUGUAUGGUUGAUUUAUGGUUUUAUUUUAAAACGGUUCCUUUAAACUUCCAUUGAACAGUGUAAACACACCAUAAGACCUAGAUAAAACAAUGAGAACAAUAUUAAUACACUUUCUGUUACAAAAAAUAGUUUUACCCCUUUAAAUUAUAUUUUUUAUAACCCUUUAAGAAAAAUGAAAUCAACUUUCUUGUUUUUAGCAAAAUGCCAAUCUCAAACCAGAGUGCUUUAACUAGUUAGGAUCAACUCAAACUAACACAUGAAAUCGUUUUAUAACUAAAUAUCUAAUACAUUUUUAGUCAUCAUUUCAAUGCAGCAAUCGAGCUUUAUGAUGAAUAAAACACAUGUGGAUUUAAAAUAUGCAUCGGGCGACAUGCUAUGAGCUACAUGAGUAAUGUCUGUGUUAACCGUAACCAUCAUCGUAAGUGUAGCAUCUUUGCUAAUACUCGGCAACACGAAACUCGACUUAACUUUAUAGAAACGUUUAAAAGGCACUUCAUAUUAAUUUGUGUGAAAAAAGAAGCAUAUACGAACUUUGUGCCUCUAUCAACCAGGUAUUUUAAACAACUUAAAGAGAUCGUUAUUUUACUGCUCAUUGACGACUAACUUCCGGUAAAAUUUCCUUUCAAAAUAAGAGCAUCGGUCACUGUUAUAUUGCUUACAGAAGUAAGAUAAAAGCAAAUACGGGUUGUACCUUCAAAAUAAGACUGGCGAUACCAACAUAUAAUGUAGGUCAUUUACAAAUACACUACCGUAUUUUUCGCACUAUAAGGCGCAACGGAUUAUAAGGCGCACCAUCAAUGAACGCGUCUAUCCGCAUCGAUUUUCAUACAUAAGGCGCACCGGAUUAUAAAGCGCAUUAAGCCAAACAAAACAGUCAGAUGAGUCAAAUUUAUAUAACUUAUUUAACUUAUUUAAUUUAUUUAACUUAUUCAAUAUCUCCGCGAGGCUACGGUAGCUGCAGUACUCCGACAAGCCAAAAGGAUUUUAAGUGCACCUUAUAGUACAAAAAAUACGGUAUAUGAUAUGUUCAACUUUUAAGAUCAAGCAGGGUGAGAUUUUUUUGUAACACAGGCAUGUCUAGGAAAAGACUGCUAAAUCCACAGGGGGGCGCUAAAACUGACAAAAACUAAAAAUUCUUUACAGGAGCUUUAAAGUAAAACCACUCCCAAAAUGAGCUCUGUUAUGUAAAAUAGGGCCUUCUAAAAACUGUUUUCAUGAUGCAUUAAAACAUCCACUGAUCCACUGAUUGAACAUUUAAAGUCCAAACUUGAUAACUGUUUUAAACAUUAGUGUAUUCUCACAUUUAAUUGAAGGUUUUGAAUUAAAGUAUCCAUGUUUAGUACCUUUUUUAACAGUGUUGUGAAUGUUUUAUCAAUAAUAUGUAACUAAUAAUGUUGCCCUGUGUUUAAAAUGUGCUUUUUAAAUCAAAUGUGUCUCGAUUAUGCCUAGUUUUACCGCGCAUAUCUCCCCAGUGAUAUGAUAAGUCUAAUUAUGUUUUCCACUGAUCAUGCACUCCUCUACCUGAUAGCUGCACCUUUUGUUUAAAACAGGUAAAAAGAUUCCUGCAGGCUCCUCACACACAGGGCGGUGAGAGAGUGGGCGGGGGUGCAGUGGGCUGCUUCCACAGUGUUGGUACCUCAGGAGCGUACACAUUAAGUACACCCCGUGGAAAAGGCCGGUGGCACGCUGCCAACUCCACACUGGGGCACAGCUGGCACUCGAUAUGGGUAUAUGCACUCCUCAGUUAUGUGGAACAUACACACACACACAAACGCACAGAGAAAUGCAUGCCUGUGAAUGACCUUGUUGCAAGGAGAAUCAAUUAAAGCGACUUAUCAAUCUCUGUGUAUUGGAUGUUACACGACAUCGAUCAGCAGUAUUAGGCUGGCUGCAGAGUGAUGACACCAAAGACCACACAAGGGUACGGUGUGUGUGCAUCAGAGGGUCAACCAUGUCACAGGUAGGUGUGUGUGUAGGUGUGUAAGUGGAUAACACAGCAAAAUAUGCAAAAACAUGCACAGGUACAAAAAAACAACAACAAUAAAAAUAAAUAAAAUAGUCCCUUCGUCUCUUCCUCCCCCCCGAAAAUGCCUCAGCUGGUCGACUGAUCGUUCUGGUCCGUCACACACUCACACACACACAUGCAUUGACACACACUCACACCAGCAUCUGAUGAGUCAAACUCCCCAUCUCAGACUAAUCAGUUGACUGCACUAAUUGCAAAUGCAAAUAUGCAAAUUUAUAUUAAUUAAUUACUCCACUAAUUAGUUCUCUUGUCUUUUCAGGUAAUAAAUCAUGGUGUGGUUGAGAGAGAAAGAAAGAGAGUGAGACAGAGACAUGGCAGUGAUCUUUUGUCUGCUAGAAACGCUCCUUUCAGGUCAGUCUGGUGUGUUUUUUGGGGACGAUUUUCAUUAAAGCUCUCGUCCGCUGAGAUCCCUCUUUCUUUCCUCUGCAGAUCUGACCCGCUUCAUUAUUCCAAUUGAUAUUUUAUGUGUCAUACUUCAAGGGUGGAAGCAUUGUAAUUUGAGAGGUAUAGCAAACAGCAGAGGUUGGUAAAUCAGGGUGUCUCGCUGACACUUCUUGCCUGUCAGCUCUUUUAAUUAUCACAUUAUCAGCUUUUAUAGGCACGGCGCGUGGUGUGGAGCUGCAAAUGAAGGCGCCGCUGAUCGCACGCUGAGCCGCGAGCGUUUCUCAAUUGAUGUCAGCAGUUAGAGGGGAGUUUGUGUCUGGAGGAUGAGAGCUGGGUGAAGUGGUUGAAGGUGGAGUGGUGGUGUGGUAAUGUGGCGUGAUCCUGACCGUGAUUCUUACUACGUCGGGACCUUUCCUCGAGUGAAAUCAUGAGAGACUAGGAAACAGGCUUCAAACUGAACCUUAAAACAUUCACUUUUUUAGUCUGAUUUUGUAGUGAGCCUCCUUUAGUUAACUUACUAUUUCAGUACACUGAGAUGCAUGUAAAUAUGUUAAAACCCCCAAGUGAAAACAAGUGUUCAGACUCCGACAAAGACAUGUGAGAUAAUUCAGGUUAUUUUGAGCUUAUUUGAUGUGUGGUACAUACGGAUGAAUCCGACUCUUUUCUCACACCCUGAACCUGUUGCUGUCACUUCAGGUGUUUGUUUACUUAAGACACAUUUUCUCUUCUCAUACAUUUAUUUAAGUUAAACCCCAGAUCUUAUUUCUAAAGACAUAAGGCUAAACGGCACAAAAACAACUGUUUAAUAAGUGUUUAUUUCUCUAACAGGUAACUAGUUAACUAUUAACAAAUAAACUUUAUACAUCAAUUAUACAACUCCUCUAAUUUUUGCACAUGAAUUCUGUUUUAACACCGAAAUGUUUGUGCUAUAAAAAAGACGAUGUCUGUCUGGCAAGAUUUUGCUCAUAUACUUACUUGAAUGUCGACUUUUUUUGCCUAAUAACAUUACAUCACGUUUAUGUAAAGACAGUGGGGUCAUUAGAGCUGCAGGACUGUGGUCGUGUUUUAGUUUAAAAAAAAAAAAAGUUUGUUUGAAACUUGGAAAAGAUGUUGAUUGUUAAAUUUAACAACUGAACUUUAAUAAAGUUGGACCUUUCAUAUGUAACCGAAAGAGAAAAAUAGCAAUAUCAGUAAACUAGCAGAAGUUAUAAAUACGAGUUAAGGUAAGUUGAAGUUAAGUAAAUCAAAAUUAACCAUUGAAAAGUAAUAACAACAAUGAUAAAUCUGUUGUAAAAUGCAGAUUUUGGGGUUGGGUGUUUAGGUGCAUAAAAACAGAAACUCCUUUCUUCAUUAACUUUAAAAAAGACUGUGUUUUAAGUCAGUGCUGAUAUUUUCUGUAUUAAUUGAAGCAACAUUCUCACUUCAAUUGAACCAAAGUGUCUAAAAAGUUAUCUGGUCCUUUCAGAUUUUUUGCAACUUUUGUGAGGAAACAAAUAUAAUAUGUAGUUAAUGACGAUUCAAAAACACACAAACACACCCAUUAUGUUGAAUAAUACACACUUACGUUAUAGACAGUGUGCAUAAUGGUUUUUUUUAAAUAUAGUUUAUUAAAUGAUGCAUAAUUUUAAGUGAAAGUAUAUUCAACUUGGAGGAGUUAAAAGAUUAAAAUCAAGCGGCGUUACUUUACUCCUGAAUGUAUUUUUAUUGCACAUUAAAGGGAAAUUACAAUGUGAGAAUUUGUGACGUACAUCUCUCCAAGCAAGCGUCUGGACAGGACAGGAGGGAACGACAUCAAACUACCUCAAGUUCAGUCCGACACAGGUGAUGCACUGCUAGAGAUAAUAAACAGUGUGUAUAGAAGCAAGUUUUCCUUAUCUAUAUAAUUUUAUAACUUAGUAAAAAUGAUUAUGUCUAUAUACUAAUCGCCAAAGCAUCAGCACUGCCAUCACUAUUACCAUCAUCAUGAAACCUUAAUAUCACCAUCACUGCUGUUGUCAUCAACAUCAUCUUUAGCAUUAAACCCACAAAGUGUGGAGUUGUCACAGAGUUGCAAUUACAGUCUGGGAAUAAUCACACUCUGCAAAAGAGAGUACGAACAACAGAUCUGUGAAAACAAGGGUUUAGAUUUUGGAAAAUAAACUUGAAAACAUCACAUCCUCAUUACGAAACAAGCGAUCAGAGUUUGGUUACAUGGAUUCUUGUGUGUCUUUUGUUAGUGAAUGUGUUGUUUCUAGACUUUGUGCUUCUAGUAUUUACAAAAUUUGAAGGAAAAGGAAAAAAGUGACCCUGCUGCUCCCGCAUAAGAUUCCUUAAACCUGCGAGGAAAAGAGCUGAAUAUCGACAAACUAAACAGCUUGGAGAGUGUUGUAAAAAAAAGUGUUUGUCUCUUCUGUCUGAAGAGGUCAGAUCAGAUGUAAAUUAUGAUGUAAAACGCCAGUUAAAGCAGUGAUACACUCUCCCCUCCCUCCUUCCUCCUCAGGCUCACAUGCAGCUCACUGGAUGUGCAGAGGAGAGCAGAGGAUUGUGGGACUGAUUACCAGGGGCCAGGUCCUGGACUGGUGUCCUCCAGCUGUGCUGUUCUACCCAAUUAGAAAGUCCAUAUGCUGCCCCCCUCAGCUGCUGAGUGGCCACACCUCCUACCCACACAGGUGGGAGCCCUGCACGUGUGUGUGUUUCUGCAUGUGUGUGUGUGUGUUCUGCUUUUGUUGCUGUCUAUAAAAAAAAACAGCCCACGAGCACACACACACACACCCCCGUCUAUGUCCCUCCUGUUUGUCCCAUUUGUUUUUGGAUCCCGGUUUUUACAGCGUUCAUCAAUCAAAAACCACCACAGAUUCGGUUUAAUUGAAUUCGACGCCUCUCCGCCGCAUCACUUUCUUAAUCCCAUCCCGUCUUUUUUAAAGCCAAACAAAGUAACUCUGACUGCCACAGCUGCUUUGAUAAGAAACACACAGGUAUUUAGGUGGGUGGCAUGGAAGUGCUAAUAGUAUUAAAAUAUGUGUCUAUGAAUAAUGGAUAUGUUUUUGAAGAUGUAUAAUGUAAAGAUGUUAGUCCCGUUUUCAGACAGAGAUGGGACGCAGACGUGAAAUGUUGCUGCGGGCGCCCGUUUUCUUUUUCAAAGCACAAUCUGUUCGCACACGUUCAAAGCGGCUGCGGCAAUCUGUUGUGGAAGAAUGCGACACUUUCAAACCCAGAAAGUGAUAAGAUAAAUAAAAAAUGUGUCAGAUUUCAAAUUCAAACAAGAGUCACGUCCUUAGCUUUCGAUGUAUUGUGUAAAAUGUAGGAUCAAUCCUUUUUGGUCUGACUCGACUUCAAUAUGCAUAAAACAAACAAACAUGAUUCAUAAUCUUCAAAAUCAAAUCAGCUGAUGUGUAAAAGAAUAUUAGAUUGUGUGUUAAAUUGUGUUUUUGUGGUUACUCUGAUUGACCAACUUUUCCUUUUUUCACAGCCGCUCUUCUUUUUUUCUUCUCCGAGCUUGAUUGACAGGACUGCAGUGUGCUUUUCUCACCUAAUCGACACUCUCUGUGCUGAUAUGAUGUCUGUCUUCCUCUCCCCUCAUCAGCUGUCCUCCACUCCCCGGCGUCACGCUGUGUCUCAGAGCUUAAAGUGUGGUGAAAGAUCGUCAUCGCAAAUGAAGUUGGAUUUUUUUUUUGGACCUAUCAUAGAGGUGUUUUCAGGAGCAGCAGCUUCACAGAAGAAGAAAAAGGAUCUUUAACUCUGAGGUCAGAUGACACAAACAUUGUAAAGAUGAUUUAUUCCCAAAUACAGUCUAAAUUCAGCUCCGUUAACAACAUGCAAUAGAAGGACGUACAAAAGGCUGUUUGUAAAGGAGUAUUAACAAUCUCUCACUGAAGGCCAAAAUGACUCUUUUGAAAAACAGGAUCUUUUACCAAUUAAACAAAAAGGAACAAUGCAUUCAUUUUUCAUCUUUGAUGGUUUAAAAUGUGAUUUAUUUUUUUUACUUUUGAGAUGGCAAAGCUCGCUGUUCUUCCCUGUCUGCUGUCUGUACUCUCACAGAUAAUAAAUGCUUGUACUGACUACUCCACAGGCAGACAAAAUAACUCAAGAAAUAAUUUGUAUUGACAGAAUAUAUAACAAAAAAACAGCAAGCAGAAUGUUAUAGUCUGAAAUUAUGAAUAUCACUCUUUGUCUAUGCAGUUUAUGCCUGUGUUUCUGCAGAGCGGCACUCUAUACUUUUUUAAAUGGAAGCAGUUACUGAAUUUAUAUCUUAAAGCUUCUGUAAGGAACUUUAGGUUUGUGUCCAUUUGGGCUCCCCCUGUGGACAAAGCAGGCAUUGCAGACAUGUAAGAUGCAUCUCCUCUUUCUGCUAAAUUUGACAGUCAAAUAUAUCUUUUUUUUUUUCUUUGUAAAAAAUGUAAAAACAGUUUGUUCU